AUGAGUAAAGAAAGGAAAAUAGCGCUUGUCGGAGCCAGAGCCGUGGGAAAGUCGUCGCUAUCGACGCAGUUUGCCGAGGAGCAGUUCAACGAUCAUUAUUUCCCCACCAUCGAGAACCAGCUCAAGAAACAGAUCAAGCACCAAGGAAUAGACUAUUCGUUGGAAAUCAUGGACACUGCUGGUCAGGAUGAGUUUUCCACGCUACAUAAUAAGCUUCUGAUUGGAGUUCAUGGGUACAUGUUGGUGUACUCGAUUAAUUCCAGACAAUCUUUCGAGAUGCUGGGUAUUGUGCGAGACAAGAUUUUGGACGGUUUGGGAAUCAGUUCUUUGGAAGACGGACCACCUAUCGUGAUUGUGGGUAACAAGAGCGAUUUAAAGAUACAGAGACAGGUCUCAGAACAGGAGUUGAAAGAGUUGGCCAAGAGUUUUGGAGACGUUCCUUAUUUUGAGUGUUCGGCGAAACAGAAUUACAACGUUCACAAGGCUUUCACAUCUAUCAUAGAACAAAUCGAAAAAGGAGAGAAGCCAAAGGACGAAGAGGAAGAGAAAGAAGAAAAACCUGGCGCUUGCGCUGUUAUCUUCUCAUUGACCUUCCCAUUGCCAACAGAUACCGAUAAACUGUACUUUAAGUUUGUUGUUGACGGCGAUUGGACUACCAGCGAGGAAUACAAGCUAGAGACCGACGAGUCAGGCAACGCCAACAACGUUCUCUACACAAAGGAUGUUGUUUCUACCGAAGAUACAAAAAGCGCCAAAAUUCCCGAGGCUGGAGGACUUUCUGUUCCACUGGCUGCUGGUGUUGCUGGUGCUACUGGCGCUGUUGGCGCUGCUGGAAUUGCUGCUUCAGGCAAGGACAAGGAGGCAGAGCCUGUUAAGGAGGCAGAGCCUGUUAAGACGGCCGUUAAGGAGCCCGAGACCGAGCUUAAGCCUACCGUUCUGCCUUCAUCUGAGGGCAAGCAGACCACUCUGGGUGAACCAGGUAUUGUUGUUCCUUCAGACCCACACUCUAUUUCAGCCUUUUCUGAAAUUAGAACUGUGGACCCAAAGGUUUUGAACCAGCGUGCUGCUGCUGCCAGCACCGCAGAGCCUACUGAGACCACUACCGAGAAGGCCGCUGAACCUGUUGCGGAACCAAUUGCGGAACCAACUGCGGAACCAACUACUGAAACUAAGCCAGUUGAGACGCCUACCGAGCCAACCACCGAGUCGAACACGGAACCAGCCACUGCGGCCGAAACCGUGGCCACCACGGCCAGCCCAACCUCGGAGACUGACAGCAAGAAGACCAAGUACGUCAAGAAGGUUGUUUCCAAGGUGAAGAAAGAGGAGGCCUCUCCUUCACCUGCAGCAGCGGAAAAAACUAGCACUCCUGCUGCUUCCAAACCAAAGGCUAAGUCUUCGAGCACUCCUGCUCCAAAAGAAAAGACCGGGUUUUUCUCGAAGCUCAAGAAGGCUCUGAAAUGA